CCGGCCAGUUCGCGCGGGAGCGGGGCGCGGAGGCGCCUGGGCCGCUGCGGGUCGCUGGGAACCGAGGCCGUUUGUGGGACGCGGGGGAGGCCAGAAUGGCGACCCCGGGCAGGAGGUCGCCGACUCCGACGCCCAUGGCUCUCAAGAGGGCACUCCCGGCAGAUCCUUCCUCCGAGGUCCCGAGCAAGAGAAGGAAUUCGGGCCCUCUGCGUUCGCGGCAGCCGUCGUCCAGGCCUUUCGUGGAGGGCUCCAUCGUCCGCAUCACCAUGGAGAACUUCCUAACGUACGAUAUUUGUGAAGUAUCUCCUGGACCCCACUUGAAUAUGAUUAUUGGAGCUAAUGGAACAGGAAAGUCAAGCAUUGUGUGUGCCAUUUGCCUUGGAUUAGCAGGCAAACCUGCUUUUAUGGGACGGGCAGAUAAGGUUGGGUUUUUUGUGAAGAGAGGAUGUUCCAAAGGCAUGGUUGAAAUUGAAUUGUUCAGGACGUCUGGAAAUCUUGUUAUAACACGUGAGAUUGAUGUGACAAAAAAUCAGUCCUUUUGGUUCAUCAACAAAAAGUCUACAACCCAGAAAGUAGUAGAAGAGCAAGUUGCAGCCUUAAAUAUUCAAGUGGGCAAUCUUUGCCAGUUUCUACCUCAGGACAAAGUUGGAGAAUUUGCAAAACUCAGCAAGAUUGAACUCCUUGAAGCUACUGAGAAGUCAAUUGGUCCUCCAGAAAUGCACAGGUAUCACUGUGAACUCAAGAACUUCAGGGAGAAGGAAAAACAACUAGAGACUUCAUGCAAAGAAAAAACUGAAUAUCUAGAGAAAAUGGUUCAGAGGAAUGAAAGAUAUAAACAAGAUGUAGAGCGGUUCUAUGAACGUAAGCGGCAUUUAGAUUUAAUUGAGAUGCUUGAAGCCAAAAGACCGUGGGUGGAAUAUGAAAAUGUUCGUCAGGAAUAUGAAGAAGUAAAACUAGCUCGUGACCGAGCGAAGGAUGAGGUCAAAAAACUUAAAGAAGGGCAGAUCCCUAUUACACAUCGAAUUUCAGAAAUUGAAAGGCAGCGCUGUGAAUUGGAGGCUCAAAUCAAAGAAAAGGCAACAGAUAUUAAGGAGACAUCUCAAAGAUGCAAACAAAAGCAAGAUGUUAUAGAAAGGAAAGAUAAACAUAUUGAGGAACUUCUGCAAGCUUUAACAGUAAAACAAAAUGAGGAGCAUGACCGACAAAAGAGAAUAAGUAAUACUCGCAAAAUGAUAGAGGAUUUGCAAAAUGAACUAAGGACUACAGAAAACUGUGAGAAUCUUCAGCCUCAGAUUGAUGCCAUUACAAAUGAUCUGAGACGAGUUCAAGAUGAAAAGGCGUUAUGUGAAGGCGAGAUCAUUGAUAAGCGACGAGAGAGAGAGACACUAGAGAAAGAGAAAAAGAGUGUGAGUGAGCAUAUUGUACGUUUUGACAAUCUCAUGAAUCAAAAAGAAGAUAAGCUGAGACAGAGGUACCGGGACACAUAUGAAGCUGUUUUAUGGCUGAGAAGUAACAGAGACAAAUUUAAGCAAAGAGUUUGCGAGCCUAUAAUGCUUAUGAUCAACAUGAAAGACAAUAAAAAUGCCAAAUACAUUGAAAAUCAUAUUUCGUCAAAUGAUUUGAGAGCUUUUGUGUUUGUAAGUCAAGAAGAUAUGGAGAUUUUCCUCAGAGAGGUUCGUGACAAUAAAAAGUUAAGAGUCAAUGCUGUUAUGGCUCCCAAGAUUUCACAUGCAGAGAAACCACCUUCAAAAUCUCUAAGUGAACUAAAGCAGUAUGGAUUUUUCUCUUAUUUGCGAGAGUUAUUUGAUGCACCUGAGCCUGUAAUGAGUUACCUUUGCUUCCAGUAUCAUAUUCAUGAAGUUCCUGUGGGAACUGAAAAAACCAGAGAAAGAAUUGAACGGGUAAUACAAGAAACCCAAUUAAAACAAGUUUAUACAGCAGAUGAAAAGUAUGUGGUAAAAACAUCUGUUUAUUCAAACAAAGUUAUUUCUAGUAACACAUCCCUGAAAGUAGCCCAGUUUCUCACAGUCACUGUGGAUCUAGAACAAAGAAGACAGUUAGAAGAACAGCUAAAGGAAAUUAAUAGAAAAUUGGAAGAAGUGGAUUCAGGAUUGAUUGCCUUACGUGACACAAACAGACACCUAGAACACACAGACAAUGAACUUAGACAGAAGAAGAAGGAGCUUCUUGAAAGAAAAACCAAGAAAAGACAACUGGAACAAAAAAUAUUUUCCAAACUGGGAAGUUUAAAGCUGAUGGAACAGGAUACUUGCAACCUUGAGGAGGAAGAGCGAAAAGCAAAUAACAAAAUCAAAGAAAUAAAUGUUCAAAAAGCAAAACUUGUUACUGAAUUAACAAACCUAGUAAAGAUUUGUACUUCUUUACAUAUACAAAAAGUAGAUUUAAUUCUUCAAAAUACUACGGUGAUCUCUGAAAAGAAUAAAUUAGAAUCUGAUUAUAUGGCUGCAUCUUCACAGCUGCGUCUCACAGAGCAACAUUUCAUUGAGUUGGAUGAAAAUAGGCAGCGAUUAUUGCAGAAAUGCAAGGAACUUAUGAAGAGAGCUAGGCAAGUAUGUAACCUGGGUGCGCAGCAGACUGUCCCUCAGGAAUAUCAGACACAAGUACCCACCAUUCCAAAUGGACACAACUCCUCACCCCCCAUGGCUUUCCAAGAUCUUCCAAACACAUUGGAUGAAAUUGAUGCUUUAUUAACUGAAGAAAGAUCAAGAGCUUCUUGCUUCACAGGACUGAAUCCUACAGUGGUUCAAGAAUACACAAAAAGAGAAGAAGAAAUAGUACAGUUAACUGAGGAAUUAAAGGGAAAGAAAGUUGAACUAGACAAAUACAGGGAAAACAUUUCACAGGUAAAAGAACGGUGGCUAAAUCCCUUAAAAGAGCUAGUCGAAAAAAUUAAUGAAAAAUUCAGCAAUUUUUUUAGUUCCAUGCAGUGUGCUGGUGAAGUUGAUCUCCAUACAGAAAAUGAGGAAGACUAUGAUAAAUACGGGAUUCGAAUUAGAGUCAAGUUUCGUAGUAGUACUCAGUUGCAUGAACUGACUCCUCAUCAUCAAAGUGGAGGUGAAAGAAGUGUUUCUACCAUGCUGUACUUGAUGGCACUUCAAGAGCUGAACAGAUGUCCAUUUAGAGUAGUCGACGAAAUUAACCAGGGGAUGGACCCAAUCAAUGAACGGAGAGUAUUUGAAAUGGUUGUAAACACUGCCUGUAAAGAAAACACAUCUCAGUACUUCUUUAUUACACCAAAGCUGCUGCAAAAUCUUCCUUAUUCUGAAAAGAUGACAGUAUUGUUUAUCUACAAUGGUCCUCAUAUGCUGGAGUCAAAUAAAUGGAGUUUAAAAGCUUUCCAAAGGCGGCGCCGCCGUAUAACAUUUACUCAGCCGUCUCAAUAGAAGUGAAUAGAAGAAACUUUUAAGAGUUGUUGUUGUUGUUAAAUUCUGUUAAUAACUGGCUUAACUGAAUAAAAAUUAAGAGAUUUAUUAAAAUAGAAAAUUGGUUAUUUUUUGAAACCUGCUUUUAAAUACAAAAGGUUGAUGAAAUAAAGACCAUAAAGACCCCUGUUCUCUGGAACAUCAUCUGGUGGGAAUAGUUAAGUCUCAGUCUUAGUUGAACUUGUGUCCUUAUUAUUCUGACUGUGAGUCCUGGAUUCCCAACGUUAAAGAUGGUUAUUAUUGCAAAUCAAAGAUACAAUGGAACUAGGGUUCUUAAUCAUAAAUCACAUAGUAGCCUGAGCUUUAAUUGAAGAAGAAUUUUAGUUACUUUUAGAGCUUAAAGAUGACUCUAAAACUUAAAACCUAGUUUAUCCCAGUGUUACAUUUAAUCUUUUAAAAUUGAUAUGGAAAUGUCUAAUGUAUAGUAAUAAUUUAUGACAAAUAUAUUCAUUUUUCUAUUAUAAAAACAUUAUCUCCACUAGGAAAUGGAUUUUUAUGGUCUGUGAAAAAAAUUUUAUGAAACUUGAUGCUAUAAUUGCAUUAGUAUGGGAAAGAGAAGAGAAAGCACUGGGCUUGAGAAAACAAUAGUGUGACUUACUUGAAAUGUCACCAGGUGGCCUCUAGAUGAUGCCAAAUGCUGCCAACAGAUUGACAGAAUAAAAUCAGGUGACAAGGGUUUUUAAAGAAUAACCUGAUAAAGUGUGUGUGGAUUUUUCUUGUUUUGUUUUUUAAUUUAAAAUCAAUUGUAUUUUAAACUUCUAAAAAAACAUUUUUAUAAUUAUUUUUGGUAAGAUUUUCUUAAGAUUUCAUAUACUGGUUUCUACACUUUAUAUUUGAAAUUUUUCAGUGCUAUGAAAGAAGAGAAGGCAUUGAUUUGUUUAAAACUGUACUGUUUUAGAAUUAAGCUAAUAGUUCAUUCCUUAUCUAUCCAUUAUCUUAGAAAAUCUAGUUUUAAACUGUUUUCUUUCAUCUUGAAAGAAUUAAAUGAGGAAAUUACUCACUUGCCUCUGAGGUAUAUUAAUUAACAGUGCCCAGUGAGUUCUAUUCUUUUAAAAAAUAAAUCUUAUGAGAAAAUGGACUAUUCCAAGGACAUGUCUUUGAAUUUGGAUUGGCUCCAUGCUGGUAAUGACAAAAUUAUAUUUUUGUGUCAGAUAGCUGCAUAAGUUGCAGUGUUGCAUUGUUUGAGUUUUACAUGUUCUUAUAUGACCAUUGAAAUUUAUAUUCUUAUUAGGUCAGAAAUAAUGAUCUAUGAGUUUAUAUUCUCUCCCUUAGGCAUUUUUCUCUUUGAAAAGUAUUUUUUCCUUAUAAAUAAAAUUUUUAAAGUCCUCCCUUAAACUGUCUAAUGCAUGAAGUACGAAAAUGUUUUUAAAAUAUUUUCACUAAACAAGAACACUGAAAAACUUGGUAAUAAUUGAGUCCAUGGAUAUUACCAAACACUUAUGUUAUUGGCUUUGUUCUCUGCUAUAAUAUUACUAAUAUGUUCUGUGGUAGAGUUUAUUGUCUAAAUUAGUACAAGUCAUCAGUUUCUGCAAAAUGAACUCUUAAUGUGAAAAAUAAGCUGGAAAAUUAAUCAUAUUUGAAAGUAAAAUGGUCAAUUACAUUUCAGUUUACAUUUGCAUUUACAUUUUACAUUUCGUAACUUGUUUGUAAGCAUUUGUGUUUCUAUACUGAACAAAGCUAAUACUUGGUUUUACCUUGAAUUUUGAGCUGUGAAGGAUAAAUUAUGUAUCAUUUUUAACUUCUUGAGGAAUAAUAAGGCUUAGGGUAUUAAGAGUCUCGGCGACUUAAAAUCUCAUGUUUUCUGCAAAUGUUGAUUUUUAAUUAUAUUCAAAUUGUAAAAAGUCAAAUAAAAGGCCUAAUUUGAUGAAUAAUGUGAUAAAUAUAUGAAACAUUAAAGUGACAGGCAUUUUUUGGAGACUAAAUCUUCACUGAUUUGCUUACGGAGAGUCUGUUAAAAAGUUUUCCAUACUCAAAGUAAGAAAAAAGAUUUCCUGCUGCUUUUUGAUUGUCUUUUGGACAUAUGCCUAUUUUCUUUGCAGUAUAAACUUUUAGUAUUUGAAAAAAAUGUAAUUUUGUCCUGCUAUUGUGUAUGUGCAUAUGUAUAAUUGUCAAAAUCUCUGUGUUGGAAAUGUUACUUUGUUGGUAAUAAAUACAUAUUUUCAUAUCC